AACUUUUUCACACUGCUUACUCCGACCGCAAAUCUACAUCUACAUCCAAACUUACUCAUCCUUGGAAAGAGCAACUAAUUUAACACGGAGAAAGCGCAUCUCGAACCACAUAUACCCACUGAACGCUUAGCGAUCUUACAACUGUUGCGAUGCCUCGACAGUCGACUAGACCGACACGCAAAGCAGCAGCCCGGGCUGUAGCAUCACCCAUCUCAAAGGAAAAGCGCAGUCCGUCCACUAGUCCCAAAAAGAACUCCAGCAAGAAGCAAAGUCCAUCCACUAGUCCCAAAAAGAAUUCCAGCAAGAAGCAAAGUCCAUCCCCUAGCCCAAAGAAGGGUGCUAAAAAAGCUGCCCCAGCAAGAAAACGUGGUCGCAACGAGAGCAGCCUGACGCCUGAACCAGAAGAAGUGACGUCGAUUACAAAGGAGAAAGGCGGCGAUCAAGUAAAUGGCAAACCUACUCAAACCUCUCCGCGCGCCAAGAGACAAAAAGCUGUGUCAGACUUCAACAUUCCCUUCCCAUAUACUAGGACUGGUGACGUUUUUGUCGUCGGUAGUGGCGACUGUGGUCAGUUAGGGCUCGGCCCGGACGUCUUGGAAAAAGAAAGAGUGGGUCUAUUGCAGUACUUUCGCGACAAGAAAAUUGUAUCCAUUGUCGCUGGCGGCUUGCACAAUAUUGCUCUUGACAUCAAUGGCAAGAUGUAUAGUUGGGGCUGCAACGAUCAGUUGGCCCUUGGUCGUGGGGGUGAAGAGACCGAACCUGCUCCGGUCGAAGGCUUGGAAGACAAAGUCGUAGUUCAAGUGGCAUGUGGUGAUUCUAUUAGCGCAGCUCUUACAAAAGAGGGACAAGUAUACACUUGGGGCACGUUCCGCAAUUCAACUGGUAUCUUCGGCUAUUACCCUGGUAUCGAAAUUCAGCCGCGCCCAAGGCUCGUGAAGGAGCUUCCCAAGCAUGUUGCUCAGAUCGCCGCCGGUACCAAUCAUUUGGUCGCAAUCACUAAAGAGGGCAAGAUGUACACCUGGGGCGUCGGCGAACAAGGCCAGCUCGGUCACAAAGUCAUUUCCCGUCACACUAAAGAAGGUUCUCUCAUACCGCGCCGUAUCAACUUUUAUCCCAAGGGCAUCAGUAAAAACGGGCGUCGUGUGAAAAAGAACUUCACCAGGGUGUUCUGUGGAGGAUAUACUACAUAUCUUGUUCACGAAAGCAAUGCCGUUUACGCCUACGGCCUGAACAAUUACGGACAGUUAGGUGUCGGUCCAACGUCAGAAGAAGUUUAUGAUCCCAUGCUUAUUGAUGGGGUGGAUCCCGAAAACGGCCUCCAAGCCAUCGCCGGUGGUGAGCAUCACACACUAUUACUAGAUGAUAAAGGGGAUGUCUACGCCUUUGGACGUGGCGACUCUGGCCAGCUCGGACUGGGCAACACCGUGGAGCGCCAGGACACGCCAGUCAAGAUCCCAACCCUUUCCAAUGUUCGUUCCAUCAGUGCCAACGGCUCGUUCUCUCUUGCUGUCUGCCAUCCGGUGGAAAACGAAACCGUGAGCAACUUUUAUACAUGGGGCUAUGGCGAUAUGGGACAAUUAGCGAACCAAGGAGCUGGAGACGAAGAAGCCCCUUUCCAUGUUGACUUUAAGGGUCGAGAAGCCAUCACAGCUAGUGCGGGUGGGCAGCACACAGUAAUUUUGGUCCAACCCAGACCCGCACAGCCCAAAUCUGAAUAGUGGCAGGACACACUGUCCCCCACACGUAGCAAGGCGCAUAUACAUGCGGCUUAUAUUGUCAAUGGUGCUUUUGAUACCCUAUGUUUUUGGAGUAAAAGCACCAGCGACUUUCGUUGGUUGAGGAAAGGCAUUGUUUUGACGAUGUCUGUAAGCUUAUAAGCUUACCUUUUGCAAGACAUAAGACACGACUGUAAAUUUCUUUUUUUGUAUUGCUUUGGAAAAAAGAAUAAUAGAGUGGAGAAAAGACCAUGAUAUCUAACUGA